AUGAGCGGCGCACCUCCCCCCGCCAAGCGCGCGCGGUCCGACACCACAGCUGGAGUCACAUCCGCCGACCUCCCCAAGAUCACCUCCUCCGAUUUGGCCAGGAUCCCUCACGCCUCAGUCCCAAAACUCCUCGCGGCCCUACUCGAGUUCCACCCGGCCAACGCCACCCUCAUAUCCUCCUUUAUCCCCCCUGCACCCAUCAUCAAGCCCUACGUCCCCCCUCCCCCUCCUCCCCCACCCGUCCGGAAGAACCGCCCGAUUCUCAAAUUCUCUCACUUCGUCGAGGAAUUCACCGAGAUCAUCAACAAAUACCACCCGCCCCGAAAGGAGGCCAAGGCGGCCCAGGCGGCGUUCGAGGAAGUUGGCGGGAUGAUCAUCUCCAUUCUGGAAGAUUGUGACGAAAAUGAGUCGGAUCACUAUGAGACGCGGAAGAAUGCGUUCGAGACACUCAUUGAGCUGGCGGAAGCGGCACUAUACAAUGCGGAGGAUGAAGGGUUGAUGGCCAAGAUCUUGAAUGAUUUGUUCAAUGAUCCAAUCAGCGAGGGUUUGGGUGAUCUGAUGGAGAUCAUUGAGGGAAAGGGGGAGGUGGAGCGUUUGAGCAAGGACGGGGGAAAGAGCAAGGUCAGGAGGUUGCAGGAUUCAUACGUGUUGGCGGGCUGUAGUGAUGAGGCAUUUGAUUUCCUGUUAGAAGCUUUUGAUAUCGUGGAGGGUGAAGAUAGUGAGGAUGACGAGGCAGAGUAG